AUGUGGGCGACAAAAGAACAGAUAGAAUUUCUGGAGAGAUUCCUCCCUGAGUACCGUGAAUGCAUGUUCAACAGGAAUUACGGACCAGUACUGAAAAAAGUCUGGCGGGAGUUCUUCGAGCGUUGGCCAGAGCGCAGUAUCAUCCUUGCGCAGGUGCCAGCUGAUCAAGGACUGACAGAAGAACAAGAAAGCCUCUUAAAAGCGGCGGUCAGUAAACGACAAAAGCAAAUCACGAGUUGGUACCAGUGGCAGACUAAUGUGUCGUGUUUGAGCCGUACCAGUGGGGCAAAGGGGCUGCUCAAAUUUGACGCGGUGUUGGCAGGUGGGGUAGGACUGAGUGGUACACAUGCACCCAAGAAGAUGCAUAUCUAUUCACAUGAGUAUUAUGCGGAGAAAGUUAGGAUCGAUGCAGACCAAGCCAUUCAUGAAAACAACAUCGCUCACCGUGGUGCCAAGUUGAACAAGCGCCUCGCUGUCACUCAAGAAAAGUUCGAGGCAGAAAGCGACGAGGUGAAGGAAGAGGUUGAGAGGAAGUAUAGAAAGGCAAAAGCGAAGGCCAUCCGGGAGCUAGGUCCAAUGUUAGACUGUAUAUUCCGCUACCUGUCUUAUGCAACCGGCGGCUGGAAGUUUUCGGUCCUCAUGGCUGGGCCUGACCCCACAAAGGGUGGGAUGGCGGUAUAUGACUAUCACAUAGGCGAACUCGGGAAUGGUGCUCAAUUCAACAUGUUUUGCGAAAAGUUCGACGGCAUCCAGCAAGCAUUCUUGGAAUUUACUGACAGGGUGCUUGGCAGUGCGGAAGCUGGUAGCAUGAAUUUGAACUUUCACACGGACGACAGUCUAUAUAGGAUCUCACCUGAUUCGUUCAACAAUGAGUCACAAGAGUGUUCUGCAUUAUUCGAUAAUGCAGGCCAGGGUUUCUUGUUGCAUGAGCACCAGCGACAGUCUACAUUACCUGACCAGGCUUUUCAAUACCUGGACCUCAAUUUUGGUCAGACAGACCUGGACCCCAGCAUGCGAGCUUUGAUAGCUGGCAGUGAUACUCAAGUUCAGGUGCCUCCCCUGGGCCCUUUCAUCCCAGGUUCUUCGAUUGUUCUCAAUGGCGACACGGAGAUCCAAACACAUCCCUUGGAUUCAUUCACCCCGAGCUCUACAUUUGCUGAGCUGCCAUUAUUCACUCCGAGCUCUGCAAUCUCCGAGCUGCCAUUGGUAUUACCCCCUCCACCAACUCCCCCACAGACCCCGCAAAUUUGUCUGCCUGCGGUUCCUGUCGAGCCCAUCCACAAAGAUCUAGAUGUACCUGUACCUUCUUCCCCUCCUAACUGUCGUCGACGUGCAAGGGCACCCGCAGUACAACAGCAAGUGCAUCUUCAAGAAGAACCUCGUCAACGCCAUGCAUGCAAUGUUACCUUCAACAGGCGUGAGCUCGAUAAUGCCAUUGGGUCUAACUCCAGCGCCAAACAGAAACGAGGCCGUGGCGACGAUCUAGGCUCAAACAAGAGACCCAAGUGA